UGAGAACCCACGAGUUCCCAGUGUCUUCCCAUAUCGAAAGUUUAAAUGUCGUUGUCCGGUCGCCGUCCUGUUCUACCAGUCAGUUCGACCCGAAGAAUCCGAACAUUUCAUUACUACUACUGUCACCUCUGCAGACGCACGGUCAGAAUUCCCUCUAGGAACCCGCAAGUGAUCCUUUGUCCCUUUUGUUAUGGGGGGCUUAGGGACGAGCCAAGGCCAGUGGCCGCUGACUCGAGAGCCCAGCAAGGCUCUCACUUUGUCGCUCGGUUGCUCAACGACAUGGCCCUCGUGCUCGACCCGCCAGAUGUUCUGCGGGAUUCCCCUAUGAGCAGAAGAGCUGUUUGGGGCGUGGAAAGGGAAGCUGAUGGAAUGUCUUUGAACUCGUGGAUUACCCUCCAGUUCGAAGGAUUGCCGAGACUUCCUGAUCCAGUUCCCCAGUCUGAAGCGGUCCCUCACAGUCACGGAGCAGAUCAUAGUAACGAUACCAGCAACUAUGAUACUCAUGCCGAUCCAUUAAAUGAGUUCUUCGGAGACUUGGCUCAGAAUGAUCAGCCUGGACCUCCUCCAGCACACAAUUCGGCCAUCGAGGCCUUAGCGACUAUCACAAUCUCAGAAAGUCAAUUGAAAGAUGAUCCUCAUUGCCCAAUCUGCAAGGAGGAGUUUGGGAUUGGUGGGGAAGCAAGGGAAUUGCCCUGCAAACAUUUCUAUCACUCGGACUGUAUCACACCUUGGCUGCGGAUUCAUAACACUUGUCCAGUGUGCCGGUUUGAGCUAAAGAAUUCCACGGACGGUGAUUUCGGAGCUGAAAGUGCGUGGCAAUUCGGCGAUGAAGAUACGAUGGGCGGCCUGAACCUGUGGUGGAAUCAAUUGUUAUCUUCGUGGCCUUUUGGUGCUUUUUCUAAUUGGGUAUAUCGGAACUUCAGCUUUCUGGAAAACUGGAGAACAGCUUCUCGCUCGGGUACCUCCUGGUGGUGCUCUUGGUUCACGCUAUAACUUCGACAAGCGUAAGUUGAGACAUACAAGGAAUCAUUCAAGUCCUUGUUUAACUUCAUGAUUCAAACUAUACCAUAUACCACUAACCCGUAAGUACACCUUAAAACUACCAAGCAGGAAAAAAAGAAAAGGCAAAAACAAAAACAAAAACAAAAACAAAAAAUAGAAAUACAAAACCGAAGAAAAAGUGUCUGCUAAAUUGGAUGUCAAGGUAGAAGAGAACGCUGACCCAACAAAAAAAAUGUGAAGUUUCUGGAGCUCAUAAGGUAUGCUCGUCGUUAUCAUUCCAUUCCUGACACUCCGCAGCCUCAUUGCAUCGUCUACUACAUGUGUAUUCUUGAUGUGUGAAAGUUCUCAUUUGAUCAUUAAUCAAGCUUGCUCUGCCUUUUUCCUUAAAAAUCUAGGGCAGACUGUUUUUUGAUGGUUUUCUUUUUUAAUUCAUACUGCAUAUGGAUAACCCAUUCUUUUCUACAUUACGAUUGCAAUUUUUCCUAAAACCGAGAUUUGAGUUUGGUAUAUAUACUAUCUUAAGACAGUCUGUACUUCUGCAUAAAAGAUCGACUUACGUUGCGUUGAUAUAUUUGAUUGCUGUGUUUCUUAUCUUUUCUUAUGGUAGAUUGCAGCUUCGGGGGAAGUACAAUGAGAUCCUCAAGUGUUGAUUUGUUGCUAUGUGUGUCCGAUGAAUUCACAGCUAACUCUUACCAUGUUAUCUUAACUUGCACAGCUUAACAUGUUGUGGUCCUCUAUGGAUCUUGUUCAUAAUCUUUGACUAUUACUUAGCACGCAACGUCUUAAAUGGCGGUUAUUUUAGUAUAUUUCGAGAAGUGUUAGAGAAGGUACAGUAUUUGAUAAACUGUCUCUCGUAAUGGUUCCGCAAAGAUGUGCGUCGGAUAUUUCUUUAGUUAUAUUACUUGGUAUCGCAACCUCGCUGACAUAUAUUGAUGGCGAGGAACACUGCAAGAAUCAUAAUGAUAUUCCUUACCAAAAAAUGAAGUUUGGGGGUGAAAUGAAAAUUUUUCGUAAUUUAGGGGUGAAUGUGCAAUCAAUCCUCAAUUUCAUGUUUCCAUUUCCAAUAAAUAAGUGAAGAUAUGAGAAGGAUAACGUUAAAGUAUAUAUGCUGGUCGGAGAUCGUCGCUGGCGGUGGCGAAGCCGAUGAUCAGAAGCUGAGCGGCAAAGAAGGAAAUGAACUGCGCUCACUGAGCUCGCCGGACAGUCUGCAUGAUCGGAAUGGGAUCGGCGGCUAGUUCUAUUCCUCCCCACCACCAAUUCUUGGGCUUCGGAGUCCGUGAAGUCGGCGCCGGCGGCGCAUUCGCAGUCCACGCCCUGAACACCGCCUCUUCUCUCCGCUUGUGCCUCCAUCUCCGCUCUCUCGUCCUCUCCUCUUUCAAGGCACGAUUGAAGGAUGUCUGGGGUGAAAAGGCCCUAAACUUCAAUGGAGUCGACUUUCUUCAGUCUUCAAGAGAUGCCAUUACUCGCACAUGUUUAUCUUUCUUCAAUUAUUCUGAUGGAAGAGAAGGCAAAUUUAAGGAUACAUCCGUCUCCAGAUCAUCAACAAGGAAUUCAUCCAAUCGAAGACUAUGGACCAACGUCAUUCUUGUCCUCAAUGUCUUGUGGGUACUAUUGCUAUCUACUGAAAAAAUAUAUGCUGGACAACUUGCAACCCAAGGAAAGAUGAUGUUUUGGGGAGCUAAGAUUAACAGUCUUAUUGACAAAGGGCAAAUUUGGAGGCUCGUCACAUCUUCUUUCCUUCAUGCAAAUGCUGUGCACCUCAUGAUCAACUGUUACUCUUUGAAUUCCGUUGGUCCCUCUGUUGAGACUAUCAGCGGCCCCAGAAGAUUUCUGACUGUUUACUUCACAUCUGCAAUCGCAAGUUCAGCAAUGAGUUAUUGGUUCAGUAGAGGGCCUGCUGUUGGUGCAUCAGGAGCAAUAUUUGGACUAGUUGGUUCUCUUGCUAUGUUCACUCUGAGACACAGACGUUUGAUUGUUGGUGCCGAAGAAGAUCUAAAGCGCAUCUCGAAUGUUAUUAUCUUGAAUAUGGUAAUUGGGCUCCUGUCCAGAGACAUAGAUAACUGGGGACAUUUGGGAGGCUUGCUUGGGGGAGUGGUCGCAUCUUGGCUCAUCGGCCCUGCUUGGAAGUACAAUUCCAUGUCCAAAGACGGUCAAAGGAUAUUCACCGAUCGGGCUCCCAUUUUUUUCAUCAUCAAAGGGAACAAAGAACAAAGAUGAUAAAGCUUCGUACUGCAGAUUUCGCUCCUAGUGUCUCUAUCAUCUAUAUUGAAAUAGAUUAUCUGCAGUUCUGCACCCAACAGUCGGUUAUGGGUUCAUAAUAAACUGUCUUCUUGUUGUACCACAAAAAUAAAAUCAAUGAAAUGCCCAUGCCGUGGCAAUAUGUUAUAAAUUUCGCCA